AACAGGAAAGAAAGAAAAUUACACAAAUUACUGCAAAAUAACACAGAGUUCUUAGGGCAUAUCACUACGUAGAUUCACAAUGUUGAUCACAGGAAUCGCUCACGUAAAUCUUACGGUGCUACCCGGCACUCUUCACUUGGCCAAGAAGUUCUACGACGAAGUGUUGGGAUUCACCUCGGUUCCAGUACCGGUCUUGCAGAAAGAUCACCUUGCUUGGUUUGACAUCACUCCCCAAGGCCAACAGAUCCACAUCUCUGAUUCUGCAUCUCCUUUGGAGCCAAAGUCUUCGCGUCAUCCAUGUUUCAAAGUCGCGAGUCCAGAGGCUUUGAUAGAAUUGCAGAAGAGAAUUUGGACGUUUUACGAGAGUGAGGAAGCUGGAGAGGCGAGACCAAGAGAGGCUGAUAAGCCUGGUGAGGUUGAUAGUGGAGCGAAAGGAGUGGAAUAUCCUGUCAGAUUCUUUGCUAGAGAUUUUGCGGGAAACAGGCUGGAAUUUAGUUCGUAGUACAACUUAGUACAAUUGGCUAUUCUCAAGUCCUAACCAUACGGAUAUCAGGCCUGAUGUCCGUUCACGACUAUAAACUUUCGGAUCUCCUUACCAAUUCUAUAACGAGAAUGGAAGGCACAAGCGCCGGCGCUUAAUUCUAGAGAUGAUGGAACCAAGAAUUGGCACUGUACUGCAAUGUGGUUGGGCCGGUCUGUAUUUUUCGUUAGCCGCCGUGAAAGUUUUACCACCGUCUUUGCGGCCCGAGUUCUUCCAAUUCGAGAUAGGUUACCAAUUCAAUAGGACCUAUAUGAGGCCGAAUAACCUUUAUGUGCGUGGCAGUGUUCUUGUGACGUUCUUGGUGUGUUAGGUUGAUAUAUGGAAGGAAUGAACAAACCAACUGCCAAGUGUGGUUCGGAAUAUU